AUGGGGGACUUCAGUGUAACCUCCAGGGUGUAUUGCGUUCUAUUUUGUACGAUCAUUAAGGCUGUGAUCAGCACAGGACUCGGCAAGUGUCCUGUGUACCCGUCCUUCCCAAAUUUUGAUAUACAACGGAUGACAGGCACGUGGUUCGAAGUGGAGCGAUCAUUUUAUCUUGUUGAACUGACUGCAAGCUGCACGGAGCUCACCGUAGGCAUCAACGACAGAGGGUACUUGCUUCUCACAAUCAACACUGUUAACAAAUGGACAGGUAAAAAAUCAACAACAAACGGACUCGGGAUACCGAGCUCCAACAGUUCGUCCAUCUUCCGGUACAAGGUGAACAAUCGGGUGCCAUAUGUGAUCGGACGACUGCUGCCCGGGGCCGGGCUUUACAAUAUAUUGUUCACUGAUUACGAUCGGUUCGCCAUCGUAUGGUCCUGCGCCAGUUUCAGCAUCGCACAUUCAGAUCACAUUUGGGUACUGGGCCGACGGCGAGAGAUCGACGCGUCAGUACGUGCACAGAUCUACGCCAUCAUGGAGGAGCUGCACCUCGACCCAGACCGACUCAUCAUCUCCAAAAAUACCAACUGCACAAAAGAUCAAACCAAUACUAUCAAACAAUAA